AUGACGGAACACAAGAACGUUUUGUUAAUGAUCGCCGAUGACCUGGGGAAGCAACUGAGCUGUUACGGUGCAAAAGGAAUAAAAACACCUAACAUCGACAGCCUGGCUGCCCAAGGGACUCGUUUUGAGUACGCUUUUGCGAGCACUGCAUCCUGCAGUGGCAGCCGGUCUGUCAUCUACACCGGUCUCCAUACCCAUCAAAACGGUCAAUAUGGGCUAGCAAGUCAUCGGCAUCAUUUUGUUACCUUUGAUCACGUUGAGACUGCACCUCUUCUCCUAAACCAGAGCGGAUACAGAACUGGAAUCAUUGGCAAGAUCCACGUGGGCCCAAUGUUGCUGUAUCCUUGGGCUGUUAAGGAAGAAAGUGACACGCGUGAUGUUGCAGUUAUUUCUGAUCAAGCACAAUCCUUCUUCCAAGAGUGCAAAGAAGAUAACGUUCCAUUCUUCUUAACUAUUGGUUUCAUUGAUCCUCAUCGCGACCGCACCAGGGGAGGAUUUGGGAACCCCCAGCAAUAUGACCCUCGGAUUAGCGAAGGGGCCUACGGUACGGAGGACGUGGAGAUACCUCCGUUCAUGAACGACUCGCCUGGUUCCAGAUUGGAGUUGGCAGAGUAUUAUAACUCGAUCCAUCGUCUUGAUCAGGGAGUUGGUUUUGUUCUAAAGGCCCUCGCCGAUUGUGGUCUCGCACGUUCGACUCUCGUUAUUUUCUUAAGUGACAAUGGUCCCCCCUUCAUGAAUUCGAAGACCACACUGUAUGACUCUGGAGUCCAGUUGCCUUUGAUCAUCAAAAGCCCGAGCAGGGAGCCCGGAGUGAGCUUGGCUUUGGUGUCUUAUAUUGAUAUCCUUCCCACGAUUCUUGAUUUCGUGGGCCAUCCAGCUAAAAAGGAUCCGUCACGGAAACGCAUUGGUCGGUCCCUCCUUCAGAUUUUAGGUUCCUCUUCGGAUGAUGCCAACUUUGAAAGGGUUUUUGGAUCUCAUACAUUUCAUGAAGUGACCAAUUAUUGGCCAACCCGCUUCAUUCGUGAUAGACGGUACAAAUACCACAGGAAUCUGGCGUGGCGACUUGAUUUCCCCUUUGCGUCGGACAUUUAUGGGUCCUUGUCCUGGGAGGAUAUUCGUAACUCUCGCGACCGUGAAAUCAUGGUUGGAAAGCGAAAGUUGAAAGACUACUUCUUCCGUGGACCUGAAGAGUUAUAUGACCUCAAGAUUGAUCCGCUGGAAGUCAAUAACCUUGCCGGAGAUCCACAGCACCAAGUUUUACUAGAGAGAAUGAGGGCGACGUUGGAGGAAUGGCAACGGAGAACUGAGGAUCCUUGGUUGUAUCGAGACGGCGUCUCAGUUUGGUUCAACAGGUAUCAUUUUCCAGCAGGAUUGGCAAUUCCUGACCGGCUAGACUUUGACGUGGAUAGACCGGGUAAUGCAGAUCUGAAGGCAUUCGAUGGAAGCGUAACGUGGGGCACUAAUGUGCAGUCAGAUUGA